CAGUUGCUGCGGUUGAAACAGGACGAAACAGAAGAAACUUUGGCUGAGCAAUUUCGGCGCAGCUCUGCAGGCGACAGUUCUGCAGUUUUCAUUUCAACGCGCCCGGUUUUCAACCAACAACUUCAAGCGGAAUCAUGGAAGUUUACGUGGCUGUGAUUUUCGCGUAUGGAGUGUCGGCGCUCAGUGCCGCGGAGGAGAAGGCAGUUUGUCCACUCGGAUAUUUCCCAUGUGGCAACCUCACCGUCUGUCUCCCUCAGCUGCUGCACUGCAACGGCAUCGAUGACUGUGGGAAUCAAGCCGAUGAGGAGAACUGUGGGGAUAAUAAUGGAUGGCCUCACCUUUUUGACAACUACUUUGGAAUGCCAAGCCACAACACUCAGACCAAGUCCAACCUGUGCUUACUGGGUGCAGUUCCGGAGCGGUGCCAGUGUUUAGACCUGGAACUGGACUGUGACAGUGCACGGCUUCAACAUAUUCCAGUGGUGGCGAUAAAUAUCACCAUGAUGUCCCUGCAAAGAAAUCAUCUUCAGAGACUGAGAGCAAAUGGAUUCUUUAUCUACCAGAGCCUGCAAAAACUAUAUCUGCAGCACAACAGAAUUCAAGACGUCAGUCCAGAUGCCUUCAGAGGGCUUCAUAACCUGACGAGGCUGUAUUUGAGUUACAACAAAAUAACGGUGCUGAAGCCUGGGGUGUUCAGGGACCUGCACAAGCUGGAGUGGCUAAUCCUAGAAAACAAUAACAUCCAUCAGAUAUCUGCCAUGACGUUUUCAGGACUGAACUCUCUCGUUCUGCUGGUCUUGCUGAACAACUCUUUGACCAAGCUGGAUGACAUCUGUCAGGAAAUGCCUCGGCUGAACUGGCUGGAUUUGGAAGGAAAUCUAAUUGAGACGAUUGGAAAUGUCUCCUUUCACUCUUGCAGCAUGUUGACAGUUCUGGUUUUGCAGCGAAACAGGAUCAACUAUAUACACGAGCAGGCAUUCUCUGUCCUCAGGAAGCUCGGAGAGCUGGACCUGUCCAACAACAGACUGGUGGCCAUUCCCAGAAAACUUUUCAUCUUACUGGAGGACUUGCUUCAGCUGAAUAUUUCAUACAAUCCCAUCAUGGAGCUCCAAGUCGACCACUUUGACCGAUUACAUAAAUUGAAGUCACUGAGCAUAGAGGGAAUAGAAAUUGGAAACAUUCAGCGAAGGAUGUUUGAGCCUCUUAAAUACUUAACUCACAUCUACUUCAAGAAGUUCCAGUACUGCGGCUACGCCCCUCACGUGCGCAGCUGCAAGCCCAACACUGACGGCAUCUCCUCCUUUGAGAACCUGCUGGCCAACAUCGUCCUGAGGGUCUUCGUGUGGGUCGUCUCCGCCACAACCUGCUUUGGCAACAUCUUCGUCAUCUGCAUGCGCUCAUACAUCCGCUCCGAGAACAAGCUCCACGCCAUGUGCAUCAUCUCCCUCUGCUGCGCAGAUGGACUCAUGGGCGUCUACCUCUUCAUGAUCGGUUCGUAUGACCUGAAGUUUCGAGGCGAGUACAACAGGCAUGCCCAGUCCUGGAUGGACAGCACCCAGUGCCAGAUCAUCGGCUCUUUGGCCAUGCUGUCCACCGAAGUGUCUGUGCUGCUCCUAACUUACCUCACCCUGGAGAAGUACAUCUGCAUCGUCUACCCCUUCCAGUACUUGACCCCUGGUCGGCGACGAACUGUCACCAUCCUGACCAGCAUUUGGGUGUUCGGUUUAAUAGUAGCCUUCCUGCCGCUGGCAUGUAAGGGCUUGUUCCGUAACUUCUACGGGACAAACGGAGUUUGUUUCCCUCUGCACUCCGAGCAGCCGGAGACGCCCUGGGCUCACGUUUACUCCAUCGUCAUUUUUCUCGGUCUGAACCUGGUGGCGUUCCUCAUCAUCGUGUUCUCUUAUGCAAGCAUGUUUUAUAACAUCCAGAGAACUGGAACUCAGACCACCAAGUUCGCCAACCACAUUAAAAAAGAGGUCACCAUCGCCAAGAGGUUCUUCUCCAUCGUCAUCACCGAUUCGCUCUGCUGGAUCCCCAUCUUUGUCCUCAAGAUCCUGUCACUGCUGCAGGUGGAGAUUCCCGGAACCAUCAGCUCAUGGGUCGUGAUAUUCAUUCUCCCCAUCAACAGUGCCCUGAACCCCAUCCUCUACACCCUCACCACGCGGCCUUUCAAAGAGACCAUUCUGCAGGUGUGGGCUAACUACAGGCAGAAGAGGCCGCUGUUCAGUGGUCACCCUCCUCAUCAUCCGUCGCUCACUUGGCAGGAAAUGUGGCCCAUGCAAGAAAACAGCAUGGGAGGGGCCCCUCCCGAAACGGCAAACACAGCAGCCAAGCUUACCCCAGUGGAGGACGCCAACGAUGGGUACAAUGACUUCAUCAUGCAGCAGCAGCAGCAGCAAAAGCAGCUGAUUGUGCUGCCAGUGUGCACAGAGAAACAAACUGUGCAGCAAACACACACACACACAAUCGCACAAACCAACGAACUGCUCUAAGGGUUUGGCCAGUCCUGUAUUGUCUGUAUGCAAGACUUACUGUUUUUAUGUUCUUUCACCUUCAAGGUUUGAAUUCAUGGUAGAAUAAUUGUUUGCUCACAAUUUUUUUUAUUAAUUUUUUUCUUUAUGAUGAAACUUUUUACAAUGUUUUAUGCACACGUGUGACCCAUGUAGCAGCAUAAACAGCCAAUGGGGAAGUUACAAGGCAGUGUUUUUAGCAGGAGAAGAAAAUGAUGAAGGUCAAGUGUCUGGGUGCAUCUGUGUGGCACCAGUAGUGUUUUAGAUCCACUCCUGUGUCUUAUGGAGGCACAGUAACAGCCAAGAGAGCCUGCGAGGGUGUAGGAGUUAGCAUCAGGGCUGCUAUUAUAUUAGCGUGGGUCUAAAUGUGGCUGCAGUGAUUGAUCCCAGGCAGAAAUGGCUCAGAGGUGGAGGGCUAUUGAAGAGAAGCAGCACUUUUACAAUGAAAGUUGCUUCUGUGCAAAGAUGGAGCUUGUUCUGAUCGAUUGGCCAUUAAACCAGAGUUUGUGUAUCUCAGAGUCCCAGCAGUGAUGCAGCAGUUUGAUUUUUCUUUUAAAGAUUUUUGGGUUCAGUUAGAGCUAAAGUGAAGGAGCAGCAGGUGUUUCAUCUUUCUCCUUUCAGGUAUCUGUGUUCAAAUAUAUUUUCCCUGGUAAAUUAUUGCACAUUUUCUAAUUUGUUAACCCACAGUGGGAACAUGUUCUAGUGGUGAUAAAUUAUGAAAAUUAUUCCUUUAAAAAAAAGCAAAUUAAUGUCUGAAAGACAGAUGCGUCUCCUGGUUUAUUGACGUGGUUCUGGCCCUGGUUUGUGAGUAUUAAAGCUCAAACAUG